AGAUCAGACCCGCAGCUGCUUGCCCAGUUCUACUACGCUGAUGAGGAGCUGAACCAGGUGGCUGCAGAGCUGGACAGCCUGGAUGGGCGGAAGGACCCACAGCGGUGCACGCUGCUCGUCAGCCAAUUCCGCUCCUGUCAGGAUAACGUGUUAAACAUCAUUAACCAGAUCAUGGACGAGUGCAUCCCCCAGGACCGCGCCCCACGGGAUUUCUGUGUCAAGUUCCCCGAGGAGAUCCGGCAUGACAACCUGGCUGGCCAGCUGUGGUUUGGCGCUGAGUGCCUGGCCGCCGGCUCCAUCAUCAUGAACCGUGAGCUUGAGAGCAUGGCCAUGCGUCCACUGGCCAAGGAGCUGACCCGCAGCCUGGAGGACGUGCGGGGCGCCCUCCGCGACCAGGCACUACGGGACCUCAACACCUACACGGAGAAGAUGAGGGAGGCGCUGAGGCACUUCGAUGUCCUGUUUGCUGAGUUUGAGCUGAGCUACGUCUCGGCCAUGGUGCCCGUGAAGUCUCCCAGGGAGUACUAUGUGCAGCAGGAGGUUAUCGUGCUGUUCUGCGAGACGGUGGAGAGGGCCCUGGACUUUGGGUACCUGACCCAGGACAUGAUUGAUGACUAUGAACCGGCCCUCAUGUUCACCAUCCCAAGGCUGGCCAUUGUGUGUGGCCUCGUGGUCUAUGCGGAUGGACCUCUGAACCUGGAUCGCAAGGUAGAAGACAUGUCCGAGCUGUUCCGGCCCUUUCACACGUUGCUGCGGAAAAUAAGGGAUUUGCUUCAGACGCUGACAGAGGAGGAGCUGCACACACUGGAGCGGAACCUCUGCAUUUCCCAGGAUGUGGAGUUCCCCAUCCGGGCAGAUGUCCAGGUUCCCACUGCCCUGGCACCAGCCUUUUCCACACCCCUUCCCCCGGAGGAGCCACUUUCAGCCAAGGCCAAAAACCCAGAGGCAGAGCUGGCCUGCUCCAUGCAGUACGAUGACCAGGAGCUGGAGCAGCUCAACCGCAUGGUCCACAGGGCAGGGGACGAGAUGUCCUCUCUGCUCUCACCACCCAGCGCCUGCCAGUCCCCUGCGCACAGGCCCGGAGUCGAAGGCAGCCCCUGUGGGGAGGCCUCUCCAAGCAGAGCGCGGCUGCAGUCAGGCAGCGAUGAAGAGGAGCGGGUAUUCUUCAUGGAUGAUGUAGAAGGGGCAGCAGAAGCCCCUGCCAGGCCUGAGUCCCCGAGUGGCCCAUUCGGGUGGGUGGGCAGCACUUGUGCCACCUCGCAGGAGAGAGGACAGGGUGAGCAGAACAGAGUGGUGGGGGUCAGUGUGCCUACCACGGAAAAGGCGGAGGACUUGAGCAACAACAACAACAUCGAAGAUGACAAAUUGCGGGUAGCCAGCCUCUCGGGCUCCAACUCCUGCAGCUGCCUGGACUCGCAGCUGUACCUGGACGGCUGGGAGGUGAGUGGGGACGACGCAGAGACGGCUGAGAUGAUCGCCCACCGGACGGGGGGCAUGAAGCUCUCAGCCACAGUCAUUUUCAAUCCCAAGUCCCCCACCUCCCUGGACUCCGCUGCCUCCACUCAGGAAGCCCUAGGCCAUGGCAUUUCCCCAUCGGAGCCUGUGGCCGAGGGGACAGAGGGUAGCUCCCAUAAACUCAGCACCGCGGCCACCAACUGCCUCCUUAAUUCCUGUGUGUGCUGCGGGAGCUGUGGGGACGGCAGGGAGGAUGCCGCGGAGCGUGUGAGGGAAAAGUGUAGCCCAGGAGGUGUCAUCAGUGCCUCUUAUGCUGCAGGCUUAGCCAAGACCAGUGACAAGGGCCUGGAGAGACUGGAUGAGGCCCGGUCUGCUCCCGAGGCUCCCCUGCCCACAGGAGAUGCCUCUGACAAGCAGGAGCCCAAAACCUCUGCUCCCAACAAGUGCCUGGCACACCCCUCAGGUUCCCCAGUGGACACGGCAAGUGGUUUGCGAGCAGAGGGUGAGGUGGCACAGCCACAGGAGUCAAAAGCCAGAGAGCAGGAUGAAGAGAGACCCUCAGCCAGCGGGGAGAAUCAGCAUGAUGAUACGGCCCAGGAGGACCCUCGGUGCUUGUCAGGCCCCAGUGGCUCCACAGCUGCUUCCUGCUCUUCAGACAAGACUGGGCUGGAAGCAACCGCAACAGCAAUGCAUGUCUCCCCUGUGGCCACAAGAGAGAAGAUCCGGUCCAGGUUCCAUGGCAGCCACGACCUGAUCCAUCGCCUGUUUGUCUGCAUCUCAGGUGUGGCUGACCAACUGCAGACGAACUAUGCAAGUGACCUCAGAAGUAUUCUCAAGACGCUGUUUGAGGUCAUGGCCACCAAGCCAGAAACAGACGACAAGGAAAAGUUAAAGAAGGUCACCCAGACUCUGCGGAGUGCGGCCUUGGAAGACUGCGCAUUGUGCCAGGAGACCCUGUCAUCCUCCGAACUUGCAGCCAAGACCCGCGAUGGAGACUUUGAAGACCCACCUGAGUGGGUGCCCGAUGAGGCCUGUGGCUUCUGCACAGCAUGCAAAGCACCCUUCACUGUAAUCCGCCGGAAGCACCACUGCCGCAGCUGUGGGAAGAUCUUCUGCUCUCGCUGCUCGUCCCACUCGGCGCCGCAGCCUCGAUACGGGCAAGUGAAGCCGGUCCGCGUGUGCACGCACUGCUAUAUGUUCCACGUCACGCCCUUCUACAGCGACAAAGCGGGCAUGUGACGCGGCGCCCGGAGCCGGGAACUCCCAGGAAGUCGUCCAGGUCGCGCUGCAGGAGGAACUCUGCACCUCAUUAAACUGCUGCUGCUGCUGCCGCCACAGGGCCUUCCAGACUUCCAGGACAUCCAGAGCCUCCGUCCCACCCACCCUGGCCUCCCCACCCACGGGGAUCCCAGGUCAACCGCAGCGGGUGACGGAGGUCGGCUUCCGCCCUGCAGGGGAAUCGGGUUGCCUAGUGACUGACUCCAGUGCAGAGUACCUCGCUGGGCAGGGCUGGGGUUCUCCUGCCUGUCCACGGAGCUCUGCCCUGCCUCUAUGUAUGCGGGGUAGAUGGCGAGUAGGCCCAGGAGCGGGGCCACUCCGCAGCUUCCGCUUUUGUGGAGAAGUGUGGAGGCAGAAGCAAGGGGCAGCUCUGCAGGCCCCAGCAUCACAGCAGGGCUCCCCAGAAACCCCAGGCUGUUCAUUCUCCUACAGCUGCCCACUGCAUUCCCCAGUGCCCACCCCCUAAUCCCUGCCCCAAGACCCCUGCUAAACAACAUGCUUCUCAUUUCUUCUUGGAGGGGAAAAAAUUUGGGAAAUCGACCCAGUGAUCCUGGGGGCCAGCAUGGUGUCCAUGGUUUCUAUCCACCAUUGUCCACCUGCUGAUGGGAGGUGGGGUCAGGUGGGACAGCCAGGCACUGAGACCCUCACACAGAGGCUUCUCAGGUCUUUGGGCCCAAGCUCACCUAGCAGUCCAGGAUCACCAUGGGCUGUGACAAGCCUCUGCACCCCCUGGGAACCUGGCACACUUCCUCAGUCCCUGGAGCAGCCUGGGACCCAGGCUGAGACAGCCUUGUGGCCCCAGCUCAGACACCUCCUCAGGCUUAAAUCUCAGGCUUCACAUUGCAAUGAUGAUUGAAGUUUUAUUUUUAGAAAGAUGACACACACCUACUGCUUCUUUUAUAGGAUAAAAUCCAAUUACUGUUUAACAGUGGAAUACACAUGCACAAAAAUGGCUUCUAUUGGGGGGGGGAGGGAGAGUAUAAUAUAAUGGAGAAAAUAUUAUGUAUUGAGAUUAUUUUUAUUUUCUAAAUGCUGUAAUUCGAAACCAUUUCCAUAAAUCUAUUUAAGGAUUGCA